AUGACAAAACGUAAUAUUGCUUUGAUUUUUACGGAGCUAUCUAUCCGCUUGUUCGUUCUGGUUCACAGAGAGGCCUAUCCGCAGUGUGAGGUUGAAGAUAUCCAAGUGUGCUACGACAUUCGACAGCUGGUCAAAUGGGACAAUCGAUGGGAAGCUGCAAAAGCUGCUCUAGCCUAUUCACAGGCUCAUAUGGAAGCGAAAGGUCAACGACCGGUUAUGAUUCCACGUUGUUGCGGUUGGUCCUGCACGACAUGCUAUCGUGCCGGUCGAUGUCGAUGCUGUUUUGCCGCUCCUUCACACGUACAAACCCGCAGAGCCAGUGAGGAUGUUGCUGAAAACCGUGGCACUUGGCGAUCAACCGCUGCGGUGAUGGAUGAGGAAAUAGAUGUGACCGGUUCCGCUCAGCCUAACGUCGGCGGGAGUUGUUGCGCUUGUUGUCUUUGUCCGGCUCCGGUAGAUGCAAUCAAUUACUACACACAAGAGGCUGAAGAGUUACGGCGAAAACUGGACAUAGAGGGUGCUCGGGCAGUCAAAACAAAAAUCGGGAUAGCAUUUGUCACGUUUCAUAUGCGAGAAUCGGCUGCACGCGUAUACACAGCCUAUCAUCCACCGCGAAUGUCCACAUGUUUGGCUUCUCCACCAACCUCCUCGCUGUCUCGUGGUUUGCGCUCCAACUCAUGGACUGUGCAGUUCGCGCCAAAUCCGAGCAACAUUAUCUGGCCCAAUUUGGCCGUAACGCGUACUGUGUGGUGGAUGCGCGCGGUCACCGUGAAUAUAUUCGUCUUCUUGAUUGUCUUCUUUAUGACCACGCCCACUUAUGUGCUGAACUUGGUCAAUAGUCUUCAGAUCAUGGACAAAUUGCAAAUCCACAAUCCCAUACUGAUCCAAUUCAUCCCGUCCAUUAUCCUCUGGAGUGUUUCCGCAUUGUUGCCCUACAUUGUGCACAAUUCGGACCGUUUAGUCGGUCAUUGGACCAAGUCCGGUCUGCACUUGACCGUGAUGGCGAAAACGUUCAGUUUGCUCAUUCUCAUGGUCCUUGUUCUGCCUUCAUUGGGAUUGACUUCAAUUCCUGCAUUUUUCGAAUGGCUAUUUCCCGGUCCGCUCAUUCCGAUUAAUCCACCGGAGAAGAAUACGACGGACGGUACAAACAAUGACACAACAAAUCCAGCGUACAUUACUACCACUCCCAUCCCCGUACCGGUGCCGUUUGGUCCGAACGAUUCUCAGUCGUUUCGUUGGGAAUGUGUUUUCAUGCCGGACAAUGGCGCGUUUUUCGUGAACUAUGUGAUCACAUCCGCAUUCGGUCUUACCUAG